UGCCCUGGUUUUAUCAAAACUUAUGCCCGACGUGAUGCCUGCAAGAGGCAUUGGGACGACAGUUGUGGAAAGCUAGCAGCUGAUGGUGCUGGGCAAUCAUACUCAGACGCUUGCAAAAGUUCCAUGAGUUCCACUUCUGCCGCGCCUGUGACAGCACCUACUACGGCGUUCACGUAUUCUUGUCCGUACCCCAUGCCCGCCACGUCGAUGUCCAAGAACGUGCAGUUCCCACCCCCAGUCGCUUAUGUUACACAGUGGUAUGGAACGCCAAGUUUUGCGAAUCCUGUACUUUGCCUCUCCCAAUCACCAGAGAAUAACACGGUCGCAGUGCCCGCCGAAGACGAGGACGACGAGGACGACCCUGAUUUUUGGGAGGCUAAUGAGAUACGAGACGCGGAUGAGAUGUAGUUACACCCCACUCCCGCUGCCGACCGCUCUCUUUAUUAUUAUCUGCUGUCAUUCAUUCACAUAUGGUCUUUCCACCGACUACACGCAUUCUUUUUAUUCUCUAUGGCAUAGUACACUACUCUUCAUUCAUUCAAACUAUUACGAUCGUUAUUAUCUUUAUCGUUAUCAUUAUCAUCAUAGUGAUUUAAUUCGUUAGUUAUAAUAUACUCCUUCCAUGCAUUUCCACCAUUAAAUCUUGAGAGAACGCGCUUAAUUAGAAAGUAUUGUCCU